AUGUCUACCGACAAGAUCACGUUCUUGACCAACUGGCACGCCACGCCGUAUCACGCACCCCUUUACCUCGCUCAGGCCAGAGGAUAUUUUAAAGAUGAGGGCAUCAAGGUUGCUCUUCUCGAGCCCAACGACCCGAGUGAUGUUACCGAAAUCGUCGGUACCGGAAAGGUCGAUCUCGGCUUCAAGGCUAUGAUCCACACUCUUGCCGCGAAAGCCCGUAACUUCCCAGUCCUAUCCAUCGGGUCGUUACUCGACGAACCUUUCACGGGUGUUGUGUACCUUAAGGAUAGCGGUAUUACCCCUGACUUCACGACUCUCAAGGGAAAGCGAAUCGGCUACGUAGGCGAAUUUGGAAAGAUCCAAAUUGAUGAGCUUACCUCUCACUAUGGCAUGACCCCAGAUGACUACACUGCUGUCCGCUGCGGUAUGAACGUCUCCAAGGCCAUCAUCAAGGGAGAGAUCGACGCCGGUAUCGGUCUAGAGAACGUCCAGAUGGUCGAGCUCGAAGAGUGGCUCGCUGCCCAAGGUCGUCCCAAGAGCGACGUUCAGAUGUUGCGCAUUGAUCAGCUAGCUGAGCUAGGCUGUUGCUGCUUCUGCACUAUCCUAUACAUCGGGAACGAGAAGUUCCUAUCCGAGAACCCGGAAAAGGUCCGCGCAUUCAUGCGCGCAGUCAAGCGCGCGACCGACUUUGUCAUCGCAGAGCCGGAGAAGGCGUACGCCGAAUACGUCGAGUUCAAGCCCAUCAUGGGCACCGAACUUAACCGCAAGAUCUUCGAGCGCUCAUUCGCAUACUUCUCCAGGGACCUUAAGAACGUCCACCGAGACUGGGAGAAGGUCACCAAGUACGGCAAGCGUCUUGGCGUCCUAGACCAAAACUUCCAGCCCAACUACACCAAUUCGUUCUUGUCCUGGUCCCUUGAUGGCGAGUCUUCUGACCCGACUGGAGAUCAGAAGCGCAUGGCAGAGCUGCAGAAGGACGUUGCUUCUAAGGGUGGUUUCCACCGUUUGGAGAUCAACGGCACCGCUAUCCAGGCUUAA